GACCCUCAAAGACACCCUGGUCUUUGCUCCGCCUUGUCGACCACAUUAGUAUAAAGAUAGUAAAUGACAGGCAAGACCAAUUCCACACGAAUCAAAAAGCCACCAACAAAUAAAUAUAGUUGGGUAGUAAGCUAGCUAGCUAGCUUAUAGAAAAUCAAACAAUUAAAGAAUACUCCAAUUAUAUAUCUUCCACCAUUAAAAGAUAAAGAUGUGGUUUAAUAAGAAUGGAAAAACACCAUUGUUAGAAGGUGAUCAUGAAGAAGAAAAGAGUAGAAAAAAAUGGUGGGACCAAGUGAUAGACUAUAAAGAAUCAAAGGAACAAAUAGUGUAUUCAUUGCCUUUGGUGUUAACCAAUGUAUUUUAUUAUCUAGUUCCUCUUGUUUCUGUUAUGUUUGCAGGUCAUCUUGGUCAGCUUCAGCUUGCUGGUGCUACUCUUGCUAAUUCAUGGGCUUAUGUUUCUGGUUUUGCUUUCAUGCUUGGUCUAAGUGGAGCUCUAGAGACACUAUGUGGGCAAGGAUAUGGUGCAAAACUAUACAAAAUGCUAGGGAUUUACCUCCAAGCAUCAACCAUAAUAUCCCUCAUUUUCUCCAUACCCAUAUCCAUAUUAUGGUAUUACACUGAACCCAUCCUAACAUUCCUUCAUCAAAGCCCAGAAAUCUCAAAAGAAGCAGCUACAUUCCUUAGAUGUUUAAUACCAGGACUUUUGGCCUUUGGAAACAUCCAGAACAUUCUAAGGUUCCUUCAAACACAAUCUGUAGUUUGGCCUGCUGUUGUCUGUUCCCUUGUACCUUUGAUCCUGCACUUUGGGAUCAACUAUGUGUUGGUUUACUGCACGUGCCUCGGUUACAGUGGCACUGCUUUGGCUGCUUCCAUUACAUUCUGGAUUUCAGCCAUAAUGUUGUUUGUUUAUGUUCAUUAUAGUAAGGAUUUGAAGCAUACUUGGACUGGGUUUUCUAAGGAAGCAUUUCAUCAUGUUGGUGGAAACUUGAAGUUGGCUUUACCUUCUGCUGCUAUGGUUUGUUUUGAAUAUUGGGCGUUUGAAAUCUUAGUGUUAGCUGGCUUGUUUCCUGACUCGGAAAUCACCACUUCUUUGAUUGCAAUGUGUGUUAAUACAGAAGCAAUUGCUUUCAAUUUCACUUAUGGUUUAAGUGCUGCAGCAAGCACGAGGGUUUCGAAUGAACUUGGAGCAGGAAGAUCGGAUCAAGCAAAACACGCGAUGGGUGUAACAUUGAAGCUAUCGAUCAUGCUGACUGCUAUAAUACUUCUUGCUCUAGGCUUCGGCCACGAUGUUUGGGCCGCAUUCUUCAGUGAUAGCACUCUUAUGAUGAGUGCGUUUGCUUCCAUGACACCAUUUGUGUGUAUUUCCAUAUUUCUCGAUUCGAUUCAAGGCAUUCUAUCAGCCGUGUGUAGGGGAUGCGGUUGGCAACAUUUAGCCAUGUACAUAAAUUUGGGUACAUUCUACUUAAUUGGUAUGCCCAUUGCAUGCUUACUUGCCUUCAGGUUCAAUUUGUAUGUCAAGGGUCUUUGGGUUGGCUUAAUAUUCGGCCUUGUGUCUCAAAACGGUUCACUUUUCUUAAUAACUCGACUCCAAAAAUGGACUACAAUCAAGCUUUCUGAUGGCGAAGAACACCCAGCAUCAGUUUGAUUUAGUGCAGCCGAUGAGUACUAUUCAACGCAUCCUUACGAAGUUUUGUUUCCGAAUGAUGGUUAAGCUUAAGUACUAUCUCGAAUAGAACAUAAUGUAUUCGGAUGUCCAUGAAUCUAAAAUUUUUUAUGAUCAAUUAAUUAUAGCUACGCUGUCGAUUUUUUAAGUUCCAAU